CGAGAUCUUCCACUGCCCCCAUUAUGGCCAACAAAUGUUCAAGAAGCAAUCCUCACUGUGGAUUCAGUUUCAAGAGCAACUUCCACUUACGUGCUGGAAUUCUUACUGUGUCGGAGUUCGGCAUGGUGUCCUUCGUUCUUUCGUCAGCCUUGCUCAUCUACUCUCUCAGACAGGCGUAUGAGAAGUACAAGCGUAGAAGUGGCACGCCGGGAUCCAGCGGCGAACCUUGGAUUCAACCUAUAUCUAUUCUAUUCCUGUGUGCAAUCUUCAUGGACAUGGUCCACGGAAUCUCGAAUAUUCUGACCAUCAGGUGGGCCCUUGCAGGCGAAGUUACCGAGGGUGCAUACUGCACGACGCAAUCGGUGUUUAAACAAGUCGGGGGUAACGGACUAGCAUUGUUCACUAUCGCAAUUGCGGUGCUGACAUAUCUUCAAGUAAUCCAUCCCGACUGGUCAGACCACGGAGGAGCAAAAAUCUUUACGGCGGGAUCCAUUUACUUCAUCAUCCAGUUCAUCGUGACGACGGUCACGAUUCCUGCGGUUCUUAUUCAUCCGUACUAUGGCAAUAUUGGGAUGUGGUGUUGGAUUGUGGAAGGUUCGAAGAUGCGAAUUGUCCAGUAUACCUUGAUGUGGGUUUCAGUACCAAUAUUAUUCAUCACGUAUGGCAGGGUAGCGUACAAGUGGCUGCGCCAAGCAUCUUUCGAUGAUGAUAUUAACCUGAGAAGUGAUGCGAUCGCCAUGGGAUGGUACCCUAUUUCUUAUUGUUUCAUUGUCGUGCCCAUUUCUGUGAUCUGUUUCCUCCAGUCUCACGCACUUGGCGGUCAACUACAUCCUUCUGCACCGAUUCUCCCUGCUGCCAUUUAUGCUUUGUGGGGGGCUAUCAACGUCUUUCUAUGGUAUUUCACAGGUAGACAUUUUGGAUUUUCCAAGGUCUCUUCCAGUCGGAAGAAUUCUUCUUCUGUCAUAAUUGAGAGGGCUGGAACCUACCACUAGUACCGGCAGCCCCAUUGGUGUUCGUUCCUUAGCUACCUGAGUCUUACCCACAGGGACUGUUGAACAUUGAUUGAAUGGCGGAGCAUUAAUAUUUGAAUUGUAAUACAAAGGGCACG